GCAUUGUCGGGUCCAAUCGUUCUUCGAUAUCGAGAUUUGAUGCCGAGCUGUAAUAGCUGAAAAUUAUUAUUUUCAUUUUGCAUACGCAUCGUUUUUGAAAACAUCAGCAACAUGGCCACGGCUGAAGCCCAGAUCGGUGUGAACAGGAACUUGCAGAAGCAGGACCUCAGCAACUUGGACGUCUCUAAACUAACGCCUCUAUCACCGGAGGUCAUCUCCCGACAGGCGACCAUCAACAUCGGCACCAUCGGUCAUGUGGCUCACGGCAAAUCCACGGUGGUCAAAGCCAUAUCCGGCGUGCAGACUGUGCGCUUCAAGAACGAACUGGAGCGCAACAUCACAAUCAAGCUGGAACGCUUGAGCGAAAAAAAAAUCAAAAAUCUUUUGACCUCCAAGCAGCAGCGACAGCAGUAUGAAAUCAAACAGCGUUCAAUGCUGCGCCACCUGGCCGAAUUGCGGCGACAUAGCCGAUUCCGCCGCCUCUGCACCAAGCCAGCUUCGUCUUCCAUGCCAGCAUCCACCUCCAGUGUAGAUAGACGCACCACCCGGCGAAGCACCAGUCAGACCUCACUGAGUCCAAGCAAUAGUAGCGGCUAUGGCAGCGUUUUUGGCUGCGAGGAACAUGAUGUGGACAAAAUACCCAGUCUCAACGGAUUCGCCAAACUGAAGCGUCGACGCAGCAGUUGUGUGGGCGCCCCAACUCCCAACUCCAAGCGGUCGAAAAAUAACAUGGGAGUAAUUGCCAAAAGGCCGCCCAAAGGAGAGUACGUUGUGGAGCGUAUUGAAUGCGUCGAGAUGGAUCAAUAUCAGCCAGUCUUCUUCGUCAAAUGGCUGGGAUACCAUGAUAGCGAGAACACCUGGGAAAGUCUUGCCAACGUGGCCGACUGCGCCGAAAUGGAGAAGUUUGUGGAGCGGCAUCAGCAGCUCUACGAGAUAUACAUAGCCAAGAUAACCACUGAGCUUGAGAAGCAGCUGGAGGCAUUGCCACUAAUGGAGAACAUUACGGUGGCCGAAGUAGACGCCUAUGAGCCACUCAAUCUGCAGAUCGAUCUUAUACUGCUCGCCCAAUAUCGCGCUGCUGGCAGUCGAAGCCAAAGGGAACCGCAGAAAAUUGGAGAACGAGCCCUGAAAAGCAUGCAAAUCAAGCGGGCCCAAUUUGUACGACGCAAGCAGUUGGCUGAUCUAGCAUUGUUCGAGAAGCGCAUGAAUCAUGUGGAGAAACCGUCACCGCCAAUACGUGUUGAGAACAACAUUGAUCUGGACACCAUAGACAGCAAUUUCAUGUACAUACAUGAUAACAUAAUCGGCAAGGAUGUGCCCAAGCCGGAAGCGGGGAUUGUGGGCUGUAAGUGCACUGAAGACACAGAGGAGUGUACUGCCUCUACGAAGUGUUGUGCCCGCUUCGCCGGCGAGCUGUUCGCCUACGAGCGAAGCACACGGCGCUUGCGCCUUCGUCCCGGAAGUGCCAUCUAUGAGUGCAAUAGCCGCUGCUCGUGCGAUUCAAGCUGCUCCAACCGUCUGGUGCAGCACGGACGCCAGGUACCGUUGGUGCUGUUUAAGACCGCCAACGGCAGCGGAUGGGGGGUGCGAGCCGCAACUGCCUUGCGUAAGGGUGAAUUUGUGUGCGAGUACAUUGGAGAGAUCAUCACCAGCGAUGAGGCAAAUGAGCGCGGCAAGGCGUAUGACGACAAUGGGAGGACAUAUCUGUUCGACUUGGAUUACAACACAGCUCAGGAUAGCGAGUACACUAUCGAUGCAGCUAACUAUGGCAACAUCUCGCACUUUAUCAAUCACUCUUGCGAUCCUAAUCUCGCCGUGUUCCCCUGUUGGAUCGAGCACCUGAAUGUCGCGCUGCCGCACCUCGUGUUCUUCACACUGCGUCCAAUCAAGGCGGGCGAGGAGUUGAGCUUCGACUACAUUCGCGCGGACAACGAAGAUGUGCCCUACGAGAACCUCUCGACAGCUGUGCGUGUCGAGUGCCGCUGCGGAGCUGAUAAUUGCAGAAAGGUCCUCUUUUGAAUGGACUUGAAGUACUAUAUUUAAAUGGCACGCCGUUACCCACCUGAGACAUCAUUGCAUUGAACCUUUUUUUUUUUUGUUAACAUAUAUAUAUAUUACUAGUUGGAUUUUAUAUUCCGACGUUUUAAUUAUUUAUUUGUUAAUAAAUGCUAAUAUCGAUAUAUUGGAUCUAUAUUAUGUUUGAGGAUCUAUAUUACUAGAGGAUAAAACGAGUAAUUCUAUAUAGUUUGUACUUGUAUACAUUUCAUAAACUUAAAUUUUAAUUUAGUAAUAACUUAGUGUUUUGACAAACAACCUUGUAAUGUGCUGAAAUUAUUACCGCAUUAAGUGCAAAUUAUUAUUUUACAAUAAAUAUUUUACGAUUAUU